AUGGGAGAGGACUUGGAGGUGCAAGAAGGCGGAGCAAUGGCGGCUAGAGACUACCAUGAUCCGCCUCCGGCACCACUGCUGGACAUGGAGGAGCUUCGGAAGUGGUCUCUCUACAGAGCGGUCAUAGCUGAGUUUGUGGCGACACUUCUGUUCCUUUAUGUCUCAAUCCUAACCGUAAUCGGAUACAAAGCUCAGACCGACGCAGCCGCCGGAGGAGGAGAUUGCGGCGGAGUAGGGAUAUUGGGAAUUGCAUGGGCUUUCGGUGGAAUGAUCUUUGUUCUUGUUUAUUGUACCGCCGGUAUCUCCGGUGGUCAUAUAAAUCCGGCUGUGACGGUGGGACUGUUCCUUGCUCGUAAAGUGUCACUGGUUCGGACAGUUUUAUACAUUGUGGCUCAGUGUCUUGGUGCUAUCUGCGGUUGUGGUCUGGUCAAAGCAUUCCAAAGGUCUAAUGAAAACAAUUAUACUGUAUUAUUAACUACAAUUAUUUCUAAUAACAUUAGAUAUGGAGGAGGAGCCAACGAGCUCGCUGACGGCUACAACAAAGGUACCGGACUCGGUGCCGAGAUCAUCGGAACAUUUGUCCUGGUCUACACCGUCUUCUCGGCCACCGAUCCCAAGCGAAAUGCACGUGACUCUCACAUCCCAGUUUUGGCACCACUUCCCAUUGGUUUCGCCGUCUUCAUGGUUCACUUAGCCACCAUUCCCAUCACCGGAACCGGAAUCAACCCGGCUCGUAGCUUCGGAGCCGCCGUUAUCUACAACAAGGACAAGGCUUGGGACGAUCAAUGGAUAUUUUGGGUGGGACCGAUGAUCGGAGCAGCAGCGGCUGCGUUAUAUCAUCAGUUUGUUCUAAGAGCGGCUGCGAUUAAAGCUCUUGGCUCCUUUAGGAGUUCUGCUUGA